AUGGCUUAUUGCUGGGAGAUUACGUUGCAAGCUGCACGAGAGGCGCCGGUGCCCCGAGUGCUGGCUGUCCUUGAGGCCAUGGAUAAACAUUCGUCAAAUGUUUGCUGCCCCCCUCACCUUUUCCUGAAUCCGUUUGCUUCCGGUGCCGUCUAUGCCACACCCAGGCUACGCCCUCUCACCUCCAUUGGAAUGCACUUGUUCUGCAGCGCCCUCCAAGACACAUCCAAGGCCGUUAUUGCCGCCCCCACCGCACACACACUCUCUCCCUCGCCCCCCUCCACCCCUCCCUCGCUCCCUCCACCCCCACCCACCCCUGCCCCUGCUCCUCGUCCCUCCUCACCACCCGCUCUUCCUGCCCCACCCACCAGUCUUCGUACUCCCCCCCACCAUCACUCCCCUCGCCACCGUCUCCCCUUCCUCCGCCCUCUCCCCCCUGCCCCCAAGCCCCUCACCCUGCAGCUGCGGCCCCUGCAUCAGCCAGCUCUCUCUUGUGGCCUGCUCCUCCUGCAAACCGUGGGUGCCACAGAGAAUGUGGGGGUGGGGUGA